GUGCAGAAGAAUAGUUUGAUUAGUAUGGCCUUCAGUAGUUCAUUAUCUUCAGUCUUUCCUAUUUCCGAAGUACAAAGGUUUCUCUCGAGACAACAGAGAUCUUUGCAAAGACUUUUAUUAGGUGUGAAACUCGACUUCGGAUUUGUACUUGAUUCUUUUGACGAAAUUUGUAAACCUGUACCAGGAUUUGAAAAUGAUCAUCUUAUGUAUGAGUCAAUACUUGGAAACUUGUUAAAGGGUGAUGAAUUAAGAUAUCCACAGUUACGCCAUGUUGUUAUCGACAGAUAUCAUUAUAAAAUCGAAGGGAAUAGCUAUAAACAAAUUAAUUAUGAGAUUUAAACUCGGAUUAUAAAGAGAUAUGCUUAGUAUAUAUAGCUAUUUGAAACAAAAGAUUUAUAGGGAAACAUGUAGUAAAUCUUUCAGUAUGCCGGCUGCAAAAUUGAUUUCAUGCUUUAUAAGCAUGUUUUCGAUGACUUUCUAAUAACUAGUUGAAUAUACCAGUAUCUUGCGCUGGAACGAGAGGAUACUUUUCAUACUUGUAUUAUAGGAUCGCUUAAAUCUAGUUGCGAGAACUUGAACUGGAAAACAAUAAGAGAAAGAUAGAAGAGAAUUAGUCGGAUUUGUCAGCAAUCAAAGUUCACGUGU